UUCCCAGCGGACGUUAGUAAUAAAAAACAUUCAAAAAUUAAUUUAAAAAUUAUUACAUUAACCAUAAAAAAUUAUUAAUAUUCUAUAUACAGUAUUAUCAGUCAAUACAAUUUGUAGAUUAGAAAAUCUUUUUUGAUUAUAAAAGAUUGAUACAUUUAUUAUAGUGUACAAAAAUGUGAAUAAAUAGAACAGAGUGUGUGUGAAAACUACUGCACAACCCUUCUAUAUUCAUCAAGAAUUUAAUCGGUAUUACUAGUGAGCUUAACCUCAACUCGCUACAUCAACAUCUCAAUUUUUAUUACGUUAAUACAUAAUUGCUAUAUAUUUAUUCUGUGUUUAAAGGAUUUAAUUAAAUUGCUACAUUAGCAUCAUAUGAUAAUAUCACACAUCAUGCCUAAAUAGAGUGCACGGAUUCAUAUCUAGAGCUAGAGCGUACGUUUCCAGGAACUUUUAGUCGCUUCGUGUGUGAAACAUUCUUCUUGUUCAGAGGCAAAGUUUGCUUACGAAAGCCGCGUGUUACGACUUACGACUUACGACCCACGCGAUAGUUUACGCUUCAUGGCGAUUCUGUGUGUUAUAGAAUCAGUCACUGGUGGACCUAAUAUUCAUCUUUUCUCGGGCUAAACUGUCCAGCGUUCUUUACGCAAAGUUUACAUACUCCGUGUAAAAAAAGCAGUGUUGUUUAUUUAUGUAAUUUGUGAGAGUAUAUAUCUAAGGCGCGAAAAUUGUACCUUGUGUACAUCACAUAUUUCAAACAGGUGUCCAAAACCUAAAUUGUACAGAUUCGUGUAUGUUGUAGAAUAAAUUAAACACAACCAUCGAAACUUAUAUUGUGUCUUGUAUUAACUAUUACAUCAAUUGUACACAUAUAAGGUGCCUAUAUAGAACAUACACGUAUAUAUAACAGAAGUGUUUUCUAAAGAAAAUACCUCGAAUUGGUAAUUUGUAAACUCGAGGAAUAAAUGAAUAUAUCGUAUUUAUAUAAGUGUUUUCGAAAGAUGAAAUUGGUGUGGAAUUAGUGAUUUGGAAACUGGAGAAAUUAACGACUUAUUAAAGAUUAAUUGUUUCCAUAUAUAGAUUAACGGAUGGUAGAAAGUAGUAUUGUUUUAUUAAAAACUUCCGGGACGGUUCUUUAGUUUUCUUUUUUUAGCGAAUGAUUGGCCCAGUUUCGAAAUCGUGGUUAAUAUAGCGAUAACUGACUGAAGAUUGCUCGAAAUUAAAAAGAACGCGGUUUUACAUAUGUGAUACGGCUAUCUUCGCAAUUUUUCUUCUUAAUGUACUAAAAAUAUUAUAUUUUCAAGUAAACGUUUAUGGAUUUAAUCUUUAUCGAUCGUUACUAUUGUUCGAUCAAAAUGUCGGUAACUAUUACGUUAUACGUACUUAUGUAUUUGGCGAAUAUAAUUCACGGUUCCACAUUAACUGCACCCCCGCAAUCGGCAGUGGUUGUCGCUUUCGAAGAUAUCUAUGACAUAUCUUUACUAGCCAACACUUUGUCGGAUCAAGGGAUCGAUACAACGUUAAUUAUACCGGAGUCCAACGAAGACGAAGUUUACGAAACUUUGAUCGAUGUUGAAGUGCUUACAGUGAAAAUGGAAGUUGACAAAUCUGCAUAUUCUACAAAGAAAACGAUUCAAGCCUGUGAAGCUUUGUUAAAAGAUGAACAAAUCGCGAAGAAGAUACAGGAAAUUCAACCUACCUUCACUGUAUUUCCUGCACUUUGGCACGAUGGAUGUUUGCUUCCAUGGGCAAGAGCUAUUGAGUCUAUUCCAGUGAUAUGGACGCGCAAUCGAGAAGAAGAACUGUAUGUUUUCGAAUAUACUGGUGCCGCUUUAUCGGUCCAGAAUACAGGAGUUUGGACCAGGUUGUGGAUGAGUACUACAAGGAGGUCAAUAUUCUCCACGGCUCGGGAUGAGUACGCGGUGUAUGCUCUCCGGAUAGUGGGAAAAUACUUGCCAGACAUCAGUCUCAAUUUAGAUAAUCUAUACGCUGAUGUUCGCCUUAUACUUUGGGACGCUGACGUUAUCCUACGCUCGGAUUAUGCAUUACUCACCCAGCUGAUAGUGGAAAUCGGCUGUCAUCACUGUAGAGGGGCACAUCCAUUACAAAGCGAUCUACACAAGGCUCUGAUCGAGUAUCGAGUGGGUACAAUUGUGGCUCUUCUGGAUGAGAAUUAUGAGACGUUAAUUAGGGAGCUUGCACAGAAAUUACCUCAAGGCAGGGAGGGCCAAGCAGUAGUUUGGAAGAACAUGAAAUGGCAAAAUUCAAAUAAUGCUCUACCAGAAAAUCUUUUCGUUCACUCGAGAAUUGAUCGGCAAGAUUUAAUAGGUUAUGGACGUACAAGAGUGGUAUUAAGUCACUGUGCAGACACAGAACUCCUCGAAGCUGCUUUCCAUGGAACUCCAGUCAUAUGUUUCCCCAGAAAUCCCAACGAAUUUAAAAAUGCUGCACGAGCGGUUCAGUUAGGCUUUGCACGUUCCGCUGAAGAGAUUCAUAUUUCAUCUGGUGAAGAACUAGCUAAUACUGUGACUCAGAUUCAUGAAACCAUGGACUAUCGCGAGAAUGCUAGAAAAGUAUCUUUAACCAUUCGUGAUAGAAUAAAUCCUGCUGUGGAUAGGUUAAUCUAUUGGUUGCGUUACAUGGCAAGGACAAAGGAUUGGAAUUUAGACUUCCUAACUCCAAUCAGUCCAGCGAGGACCUUGAAUGAAGAUCUCCAAUUCUUCCUUGGUCUCUUUGUAGGUAUUAUAGUUGGAAUAUUUUCGACAAUAGGUUGUAUGUUAGCAAGAUAUUUAGUCAUAUCUAAAAGAACACAAAGAUCAAAGGGAAGAUAUACACGAUAAAAAUGUGAUUGAUCUAAAAGAGGAGAAAAAAAACAUGGAUUCGAUAGGAUGGAUAAUUACGGACACGUUUCGCAUAUGUAUUUAUAUAAAUGCACGUAGAGUACAGGUACAUACAAAUACAAAUGUUACGAGCUAGGGUUUAUCUCAUUGCUAAUGAAGAGAUGUAACUAUUACGAGAAUACUUGAUCGAUAAGAUUGAUUGAUGAUUGAUUGCUUGCUUGGAAAAAGCUAGAAUGUAUGAUGUAGCAUAUUAUCAACGACGAGGAGAGAAAAAUAAAUUACAAUUUGUCAAUACUGCGCUCUGUAUGUCGUCUCGUUGCACGAGUGCUCGCUCGUGUGCGUUAUCGCCUAAAUCCUUAAAAACGUACGGACGAAUCAGUACUUAUAGUUCAUUCGAUUCUCUUUCUCUCUAGCUCGUUCGCUCUCUCUCUCUCUCUCUCUCUCUCUUUUAAGGCCAUGUUCCUCUAAUUAGAUCAGCUGCCUUUGUUUAUGCCGUUCAAACAGAGAUUGAUUUAUUCAUGCAACGAAUAUACAGUGUGUUCCAUUCUAAGCAUUGAUAUUUCAUAUCAUUCAAAUUAUUUCAAUGUCGAGAUUUAAAUGAGAUUUCAAUGUUAUCAUUGUUUAUUUUCACGUCUUCAUUUUAUUCUGUUUUUGUAAUCCAUGAAAGAUGUACAUUGGAUUAAUUUGUAUAUUUGAAAUCUUGUAAACAAAUGAAAAAUAUGAAAAUAGGUUUUCUUCAUAAUCUUUGUAGAAUAAUAGUGAAACAUUUUUCACUUGCAACGAAUAAUUUUCGGAAUCGUUCAAAGAUAUAAUCUAAAUAUAACACCCUGUACAUUCGCAUAUCGUUGCUAUCGACACAUGUCAUCAAACAAUUCGUUACCUCAUAUAGAUUUAAGAAAAAAAGAUCAUCGUCACGUAAGACGGGUGUAAAAAAACCGAUCUUCGUAUAAAAUAUUGGUCAUUGUAAAAAGAAGAAAAAAAUACAGAGUAAAAGCUGUACAUAUAUUCAGUAUAAAAAAUUGUUUUUAGUAUAAAAAAGAAGAUUAAAAAAUUGUCUCGUAAAAGCGAAAAAUCAUCGAGCAAUCGUAAUUAAGAGAUCGCGACACAUGAUCAAUUCGGACUUCGUAAUUGACUAGACUGUGAUCCAUCUAGAUCAGCGUGGCUGAAAUGCGACGAAACGGUAGCUUCCACUUCGCGCAAUGAGAUAUUAUAGAACGUUACUCCCUAUGAAGAAAUACAAUAAAAUAUACUGAUGGAAGUUGUUUCAUGAGGAUGAAUAAAAAGCAAAGAAACGAAAUGAAAGAACAAAGAAAGGAAAAAUAAAAGAUGAGAGGAGGGAGGCUGCGGAAAACGCAGGAGCGAUCACUCUUUUCAAAAUGCUCCAGUUUCUCUCUCAAUGCAGCAUUCAAUGAAUCUAAUUAACAUCGAUCGUGUUUUCAUGCAUAGCUGGCAGAAGCGAUAUAGCGUGAUUACAAGUCUAUUUCAUAGCCCUAACGGCAAUCUAAAACAUAGAUAUAUUAUGUCAACUCAGAAUUGCUUCUUCGUUUGUAGCACAUUUAAACAAAUAUUGUACAUUAUACAAUUUGAGAAGCAAAUUUUAGAAUUUCAUAAUUUACUAUCUUUUCACACAGUGCACAUUAUACUAAAAUUGUGAAUAUACAUUCACACAUUUAAGUAUCAGUUCACGUUUAUAACUUGAAGUUCAAGAUGCCGCUAUGAGACACCUAUGAUUCUAGAUGCGACAAUAUCAAUGUCGCCGUUUAAUGUUUCAAUUUAUAUAACCUCACUAUGUUGCUUCCACCAACAAUACAUGUUCUGUAUGUAUAUAUGCUUAUCUAUAUACAGCGCGGCAGUCGUGGACGUAAAAUCUACAAAACGGUAAGGAGACAGUAUGUACAGUCAUUGGCAGAAUUGUUCCCGAAUCGAGUGACUCGAGGCGAACUGUCGAGAGCGGAUAUGUGUUGCUAUCGCGGCCUCCUUUUCCUUUAUUUGUUCCCUACACUCCUCUCCCGCUCUCUGUACUCUUUUCUCUGAUGUAGACUCUCGCUUUCGUAGUCCGCCUCGCUCCUCGUAACUCGCAUUGUUCGCCGAUACGCGGCCGACAUACUGCGAGUAGUGUACAGUGAGUCGUGAAAGUACAUAUUUAGACGCCUGCAGACGUAAAGCAUAACGCGUAUGGCUUGCAUAAGUUACGCUGGAACUUUUAAAAUAUGGUUCCAAGAGGCUAUAUAGCUUGGACAAAUUCGGGGGAGCCGCUCAAGAUCGUCGCUUCGCCAUCCUCACCACUCAAUGUUUGGUCACUAUAUCGUUAUAUCUUUAACAUUUUUUUAUAAUUCGGACUUUGACAUAUUUUAUUAUUGAUAAUUAUAAAAUGUUACGUUAAAUAUGAAAAUUAUGUUCAAAAGUUAUUGGAUGCGUUAUAGCCAGAACAGUAUUUUAAAAGUUUCGGUAUAACCUAUAUAGCGUUUCAUUUCCGGCUGCAAAGCGCAUAAGCGUAUUUUUGCAGCUCACUGUAAUUCGCUUCGUAUUUAGGUGAAGACAAGGUGGUUCUAGGCGCUAGAGAGCAUUGGUAUACAAUGAGAUACCUACACAUCGUGGAGGUUUUUACUUCGAAUAUAAAUAAGACUCUCGCGCCAUACGCAAAUGUGCGAGCACGAACAGAAAAUUAGAAAAGAAGAGGAAAACAAAAAUAUGGAAAGAAAGGAAACAGUUGAAAAAUGGAAAGAAAGGAAUAGAGGGAAGAAUGGUCGUCGAGUGGCCUAAUAUCUCGCCUAUAUUACUCUAUUUCAUCCUCGUGUUCAGAUUCUCGCUUAUCCGGACACUCGAUCUCGUUCACGCGGAAACACUCGCACGCUUCUCUAUUAUCGUCAUGUUCUCACUCUCUCUCCCUCUCGCGUCAGCAAAAAUCGUAAAUUAUUAACAUAUUGAGUUUCAGCCAAGGAUCAGUACGCUGCGAAUACGUUUAGCUGCUCUCAAUGUCGAAUAAAAUAUUCAUCGCUACACAGUAGUUUCAUCGAUUAAAACAAGAUCCUUUUCGAAAGGUUCAAUUUCGCUCUUCCUACGAUUACGUAAAUUGUAGUAUAAGACGAGCACUAUUGCGCGCAUGAUAUAUGCUCUUAUAGUCGAGCCCAAUUCCCGUUACAUUUUUAGAUAUCCGUGGAAAUUGGUGAAUUGGUAAUUUUUCAUCGUCGAUCCUCAACAUGUUAACAUUUACAUAAAUAAUGGUGCACCUGAGAGCCAGACUAAUAUAAUAAGCCACGUAACUGUGCAACCGCAUAGACACCUUGGACUCACUGUCGCAACGUUAAUACUGAGACGACUCCAGUUUUAUGACAGGCAUCUUUUUUACUCCAAAGUUCUUUCUACAGGAUGUUCUAUUUUGCUUGGAUUAUUUUAAAUAUCUCUAUGGUGUUUGAUAAUAUGAAAAAUGAUGCUUUCUAAAAUAACUAAAUUUUGUUUAUCUUAAGAGAUAUUUCGGCGAUUGUUCAGAAUUGUUUUCGAUUAUUCAAUAAUUCAGGAUUACUCAAAGUUCAGAUUUUUUUAUAUGUUAACACUUCCACAAGUAACUCAGUAACAAUUCUUUCAAUUGAAAGCAAUAUGACUUUUUGAUGGGUGUAAUUAAUCCGUUUCUAUUACCAAAAACAACAGAGAUAUUAAGGUAUCACGUGUAUCAUUUUGUACAUCGUAAACACGUUUAGAUACAUCCUGACAUCUUAACAUUCUAACCGUCCGGAAACUACAUUAUAUACGCUCAAGGUCGAUAGUUGCCGAAGCGCGGUGGACUUACGACACUCUGACUGUCAGGUACAGAAUGCACUAUAAACGUAACGUGUUACUCUUCGUAGCCUCUCGCGGCGCUUUUCUCUACUCGGCACGCGACUGACUUCCAUAUCUGGAGCCAAAUCGGCCUCGAUUGAAUUAACUUAAACAAACAAAAAAAAAAAAAAAAAAAAGAAAAAAAUACAAACUAAAAGAAACAAA